UCAUCUUUCUCCUGUGGUGUAGGUGACCGAGAGAAGCCGAAGAUAGACUCUGCUGAGGAUUUGCUGAUGAAAAAGAUCAAGAAGAAAAAGAAAAAGAAACACAAAGAAGAAUCCAAGCCGCCGGCUCCGGUCCAGCAGGGCGGCGCUGUGAGCUCCAUCGGCCUGAAGCAGGAGCACAGCUGUGGUCCGAGCGUGAGCGCAGCAGACGGAGACGGUGAGGUCAGAGCCACUAAACCGCCCGGGCUGGAGCGGCUGGAGUUCGGCUGUCUGGUUCAUGUGGAGCACCAGCCAAACGGAGGCGCUCUGGUGGCUCACGCCUACAGCAAGGAGCUGUCUGUGCUGUCUCUCGUGGAGAUGCAGAGGUUCGCGCAGGAGUUCGUGACGCUGGCGUUUAGCGAGGACCAGGAUGGAGCCGCUAACUAUGUGAUGGGUAUAAUCCACGGCGCCGCCUCCUACCUCCCAGACUUCCUGGAGUACUUCUCUACUAAAUUCCCUAACUCGCCUGUCAAAAUGGAGAUCCUGGGGAAGAAGGACAUCGAGACGACUACGAUGGCAAACUUCCACGCUCAGGUGCGGAGGAGUUACUCUCACGGGACGUACCGCGCCGGCGCGAUGAGGCAGAUCAGUCUGGUGGGUGCCGUGGAUGAGGAGGUGGGAGAUUACUUCCCAGAGUUCCUCAACAUGCUGGAGAAGUCGCCCUUCCUGGAGCGGACGCUGCCAUGGGGGACGUUCUCCAGUCUGAAGCUGAAGAGCCCGACAGAGAGCGACGAUGGGCCCAUCAUGUGGGUUCGGCCCGGAGAGCAGAUGAUCCCGGUCACAGACAUGCCGAAGUCUCCCUUCAAACGGAAACGGUCGACUAAUGAAAUAAAGAAUCUUCAGUAUCUGCCGCGAGCCAGUGAGCCACGAGAGAUGCUGUUUGAGGACCGGACCAGAGCUCAUGCUGACCACAUCGGUCAAGGGUUCGAACGCCAGACCACUGCUGCUGUGGGGGUGCUGAAAGCUGUCCGCUGCGGGGAAGGUGCUGAUCCUCCACGCGUAACCAAAGAUGUGAUCUGUUUCCAUGCGGCUGAUUUCCCUGACGUGGUGCAGCGGCUGCAGUUAGACCUGUAUGAGCCGCCUCUGUCUCAGUGUGUGCAGUGGGUGGAUGAUGCUAAGCUCAAUCAGCUGAGGCGAGAGGGAAUCCGCUACGCUCGUAUCCAGCUCUAUGAUAACGACAUCUACUUCAUCCCUCGCAACGUAGUUCACCAGUUCAAGAGCGUGUCGGCUGUGUGUAGCCUCGCCUGGCACGUGCGCUUGAAACAGUACCAUCAGCUGCCCGAGGAAGAGGAGGCUCGUGAGGAAGGAGCGGAGCUGAAGCAGCACAUCAAGCAGGAGUCGGCUGGCGAGAACGGCAGAGCUGUGAACACAGACUGCAGACCGGCACCAGAGUCACCGUGCGUAACACAAAGAAAGAUGGAGCAGGUGGAGCAGCUCGCUGACAGAUCGCCCAAGCCUCCUCCUGGAAGUCACAGCUUGACACCGCCUCUCGUCUCUUCCUCUGAUGGCCGACCCAAAGCGCACCACACGGCAGAAUGUCCAAGUGCUCCGUCACACCCACCACGCCACCCCACAUCCGGUCCACACACACCCAAACACACACCAGCACCAACCAAACACACACAUAUGUCACCACCAACUAAACACACACACACCUUUGCAUCCAGAUAUCUCCAUUCUUCCUCUGUCCCCAAACCUAGCCACACGUCCUCAACACCAACUAAACUCAGCCAUUCUGCCAACACAACCAAACCCACACAACACAUUAACACAACCAAACCAACACAACUAGCUAACAUAACCAAACCAACCCAACCCACUAAUUCUACCAAACCCACACAACCUACUAACACAACCAAACCCAUGCAACCUAUUAUCAUAACCAAACCCACACACUCUGCGAACACAGCCAAACACACACGCUCCACACUAAUAAGCAAAACUGGCCCCAAACUGAGCUCUGGACUGUCAAUCAGCUGGACUGCUCCGCCCCUGGCCCUGCCCCAGGCCACGCCCCCUCUGAGGCCAGACCACCCCCCAGACUCUCUGCACCCAAAGGCUGUCAGAGCUCACUCGCAUGAACCACACAAAGACUUUUUAUACUGAUUUGUACAGAAUAGUUUUCAAACGGCGCUUCAUUCAAUCACUUUAUUUCUACUGUCUACGGUUUUUAUUUCUUUGUAAUCGGACAAGGGCAGAGAAUCCAUGACUUCUUUAAGACGGGAUCUACAUCUGUCUCUCUUCUGUUACUGGUUGUCAACAUGGCAAAUGUAGCUCGUAACUCGCUCCUCAGUGCCUGUCCGUAACUGUGAAAUAUCCAAGCACUUCGGCUCGGCUGCACUGAGAAAAUACUUCAAAUCCAAACAAGUCCUCAAAUAAUAUAUUUUCAGUUGUAGGCUUUAGUCGUCUUAGAGCUGAUAUGGACAUAUAUAUUUUUUGUAAGAUGACAGAAUUCUUUUAAAAGACUACAGGCUUUUCCAUAGAGCUUAUUUAUAUCAAGGGUUUCUUUGGUUCUGUUUUAAUUCGUCAGCACUGUAGUGUACAUAACGAUUUUUCUAAAGGAAAUGUGUAGUGUGAUUUAUACUGAAAUCAGAACCUCCUAAUAAAAGGUUCCAUUUGUUGGA